AUGUUUGCUGCCCUCGCGUUUGCUGUCCUGGCCUCAACCGCUGCUCUAUUCGUACAUGCAGAUCCAGACCCAACCAAUCCUGGGCCUGGAGAUGUCUUCAUUGAAGGCCAGGCCUGCACUAUGACCUGGACUCCGGAUACCACUGGCGUGUGGAAGACUAUGAUAAUUCAGUUGAAGACGGGAGACAACUUCAACAUGGUCAACUUGACCACGGUUGGCACUGUUGACGGAACGGACGCGACGAAGACCUCAUUUUCUUAUCCUUGUCCUCAGGUCACACCCCACUCGCCUAUCUACUUUUACCAGUUCUCUUCUCCAGCUUCCAGCAACAAUUCCUGGACUGGACGAUUCACGAUCACUGACACCGCAAGCGACAUCGUUCCUGCCGCUAACAGCACUCAACCCGACGGCUCGGCUAUUCCUUGGGGUACUGGCAAGCUUGUCAGUUCAACUUCGAGUACCUCCGCC